UACCGCCGUCGCCACGAGAUCACAGUCAUCGGGGAUAACGUGCCGGCUCCAAUAACUGCGUUUGACUCUGGUGUCAUCCCUUCGGAUAUACUCAAGGAGAUGCGAUAUUUGCUCCGAGCUGGAGCUAAUGUCGCACACUGCUUCGUGCGCCCUCGGCCGAUCUAUAAUUUCGGCGGGCUGAGGGCAGCUGUCGUUGAUGGAGCUGCCACGGGUUGGUGGACACCCGAGGCGGCUCGCUCCCUGCUGCCCAUGGUCUAGAAGGCCACCUACGUCGGCCGACGCAGACUCGUUGCUUCGCGUCCAAUUCCUGGGAAAGGCUCCUCGCAUGGAUGGCGGGCCUCUUCUGGGGCCUAUGGAGGUCUCACCCAAGCUGCCCGCGUCCAGAUAUUGGACCACUUGGCAGCUGCCGGAAGGGGCCUGUGGAUGAACGAUCCAUGGCCGAGGGAGCCUGACUCCAAGGAUUCUGUUAGAGCCUUUUCUACUUCACCUUGCGUCCACAAGUCUGAGGAUGCAUUUUCUUUCAUACAACGUGCUGGAUUCCCAAGUCCGACGCCUAUCCAAGCCCAGUCGUGGCCAAUUGCCUUGCAGAAUCAAGAUGUUGUAGCUAUUGCCAAGACAGGAUCUGGGAAAACUCUUGGGUAUCUGCUUCCUGGAUUUUUGCAUAUAAAGCGUCUGCAGAACAGCACAAGGUCUGGCCCGACGGUGUUAGUUUUGGCACCUACCAGAGAGCUUGCAACACAGAUUCUGGAAGAAGCUGUCAAAUUUGGCAGAUCAUCUAGAAUUUCUUCCACGUGCCUAUAUGGUGGCGCUCCUAAGGGUCCCCAGUUAAGAGAUUUAGAAAGAGGGGUUGACAUUGUUGUUGCAACACCUGGAAGGCUGAAUGACAUUCUAGAAAUGCGGAAGAUAAGCCUAAAGCAGGUCUCGUACCUUGUUCUAGACGAGGCUGACCGCAUGUUGGACAUGGGGUUUGAACCGCAAAUACGAAAGAUUGUGAGAGACAUACCUUCUAGUCGGCAAACCCUUAUGUACACUGCUACUUGGCCUAAGGAAGUCCGAAGAAUUGCAGAUGAGCUUCUUGUUCACCCUGUCCAGGUGACCAUUGGAAGUGUGGACGAGCUUGUUGCUAAUAAAGCUAUUACUCAGCAUGUGGAGGUGAUCACUCCCUCAGAAAAGCUUCGGCGUCUGGAGCAGAUAUUGCGAUCCCAUGAUUCAGGUUCAAAGAUACUAAUAUUCUGUACCACCAAGAGAAUGUGUGACCAACUCUCAAGGACACUCGAUAGACAUUUUGGAGCUGCUGCCAUUCAUGGCGACAAGUCUCAAAAUGAAAGAGAGAAGGUUCUGAGUCAAUUUCGAUCUGGCCGAUCUCCUAUUUUGGUGGCAACAGAUGUUGCGGCGCGUGGUUUAGACAUCAAAGAUAUCAGGGUUGUGAUCAACUAUGACUUCCCCACUGGUGUUGAGGACUAUGUCCACAGGAUUGGAAGGACAGGGAGGGCUGGUGCCACUGGUUUGGCCUAUACAUUUCUGUGCGACCAGGAUUCAAAAUAUGCGGCCGACCUUAUUAAAAUUCUGGAAGGGGCAGACCAAGAUGUUCCUCCUGAACUAAUGGACAUGGUCUCUCGGGGUGGGCGUGGUAGGAAGCGUAACAAAUGGGCAACUCGUUCUGAGAGGGGUGGUGGCGAUUCAAGGUAUGGUGGGAGGUUAGAGAGUGGUCGUGGUGGCCGUGGAAAGGAUGAUUACGGUGGCCGUAGCAGGAAUGAUCGUGGUGUAUCUGAUGGACGGUCUCGCAGGUCUGGUAGAGGUCGCAGUAGAAGCCGUAGCAGGAGCGACAGUGAUAGGCGUAGCCCAAGCCCAAAGAGGCGCCGCCAUGAUGUGCAGACUAGCCGAAGCAGAACUAGAAGUCGGAGCCGAAGCAGGAACAGGAACAGAAGCAGAAGCAGGAGCAGGAGCAGGAGCAGGAGCAGGAGUUACACUAGGAACCGUCGUGCCAGCCGCAGUAGGAGUCAUAGCCCUGGUGCUAGACGUAGGACUGAAAGAAGAGCUGGCUCUGGAUCUGCACGUCCUGACUCUGGCCAUGUGGUGGAGCACAAAAGCUCACCCAAAAUCGAGCCUUCAAAUGAUAAUAGGAAUCACUCUGACCAGAAAGAUGACUAUCACGUGGAGGAUGAGAAGAUGGGAAAGGUUGAUCUGGAUCGCUCGCCCAGUCCGCAGGAUGACAAAUCUGCUCCGCACAGCCCUGUUUAUAAUGGCAAAGGCAGGGGCUCACCUAAUGGUCACCCUGUGGUGGAUGCCAAGCCUGUUGAAGUCUCUGUAAAGCCUGAACCUGUGUCUCCACCUCACCGCAGCAGGAACAGGGAGGAUGAAGAGGAAGGUAUGAUAGAUGACGAGGGAGAGGAAGGUAUAAUAGCUGAUGAUGAUCAUCGGGCAAGUGCAGCUGUGCAGAAUGGUGAUGCUAAGUGAAAUAUUCCUGGAGCAGCAGCGUGCAUUUGCAGUGAUGCUUUGAAUGAUCUUGCUGCUAUCUGCAAGCAAUCCAUGUUAUGACUUGUUAUAAUCGAAUUGUUGUUUCUUGUAUAACAUUCCAUGUUAUAAUCGAAUUGUUGUUUCUUGUAUAACAUUCCAUGUUAAGACUUGUUAUGAUUGAAUUGUUGCUUUUAA